CCAUUUAGAAAAAUCCUUCCCAGAAUUCUUAUAAAAAUCAUGGCGACCGGUUUUGAAAUAGAUGAUUUGGUGUGGGCAAAGAUGAAGGGGUUUCCUGCAUGGCCAGGAAAGAUUAUCGAGCCAAAGCCUGAAGUGAAGAGACCUGCAAAUAACAAAAAAGUGCAUCACUUUGUGUUUUUCUUUGGAUCUGAAAACUAUGCCUGGAUACAAGAAGAAAAUGUGUACCUGUACAGUGACCACAGAGACAAAUUUAAACUGGAGAAACGGAUUCCAAAAGGAUUCAAAGAGGCUCUAGAAGCUAUUGAAGAUGAACUAAAGGAAAAGCCAUUUAUUAAAACUUUCAAGACACAAGAGUUGCCAUCAAUUGAUGAAGAACUGGCUCAGAUCUUUCCGGGGAAACCUUCAAGUCCUCAUAAGGAUUACACAAGGGAACCUUUAAAAGGGAAAAGGAAAAAGAAAACAGAGGAAGCAAAAGAAAGCAGUAAGUCUACAGAUACCCAAACUCAGUCAAAGAGGAAAAGGGGCUCUGCCUCAGAAGAACAUCCUAAACCCAAGAAACCAAAAGUCAUCGCGAAAGUGACAGGAUCACCCAGUAAAAUCACCCUGUCUCCAGACCACAAGCUGAAACCCAAAAUACGUGCAGAACUUCCAUCUCCAAGGCCUGAACACAAUUUGCCCAUGUCACCCCCCAGUAACAGCUACAUACAGAGUUCCUUGUCUCCAGGUAACUCCUCAGCCUCAACUCAAAUAGAAGAGACUCUCCUCAAGGUCAAACCAGUUGCCAAACCUUCAGUGAUACCCACUCCCAUGCGGAUCGGGUUCCUGGGGCUAGGAAUCAUGGGACAGGGCAUGGUUAUGAACUUACUUAGGUCAGGUCAUGAGGUUACUGUGUGGAAUAGGACAGCGCUGAAGUGCAGAGAUUUUGUCAAGUCUGGGGCAUUCAAAGGAAAUAAUCCAGCAGAGGUUGUUCAGUCAUGUGACAUUACCUUCUCCUGUGUUGCAGACUCAACAGCAGUCAAAGAUCUGGUAUUUGGUAAUUAUGGAGUGCUGCAAGGAAUUUCCAAAGGAAAAUGUUAUGUUGAGAUGUCUACCAUAGAUGAAGAGACUAUGCAGGAUGUUGCAGAGGCCAUAACAGCACGAGGGGGUGUGUUUUUGGAAUCUCCUGUAGUGGAAGCGGUUCCUGCCUUGGAGGGCCAGCUUAUCAUUCUAGCAGCUGGGGAGAGGAAGCUUUAUGAUGAAUGCUACUCAUGUUUUGAGGCCAUUGGCAAGAAGUCUCUCUAUCUAGGGGCAGACAUAGGAGCAGCCACUAGGAUGAAACUGAUUGUUAACAUGGUGAUGGGUACUGUGGUAGCAGGCUUGGCAGAAGCGAUGGCAAUGGCAGAGAAAGUGGGUCUGGACCAGGAAGAUGUUGCAGAGGUCCUCUCUGCUGGGGCUCUGUCCUGUUCCACAGUGGUCCACAAAAGUCAAGCAAUUCUGAGCCAGCGAUAUGACCCCCACUUCCCACUACAACACCAGCAAAAAGAUCUGAGAUUAGCGCUGCUUCUGGGAGACAAAGUAGAGCAGCCAUUAUAUGUGGCCUCUGCAGCUAAUGAGCUCUACAAGAAAGCUCGAAGACUUGGAUAUGGUGAAAGUGAUAUAUCUGCUGUUUAUCGUGCUGCCAGUAAUUGAGUUUGUAUGACGGACCUUUGUGAGAAUUGUUGAUCAUCACUUGACAUGACUUUGAAAUAAUCAAUGACUGUCAUGUGAUUAAUCGUGCAAUGACCCUGGUGAUUAUAUCAGCAGGAGCACCAAUGGCAGUCUUCAUAAUGGAGCAGACAGUGCGAAACUGCAAUUCUUCUGUGAAGAAACAUAAUCGCCACUACUGUCAUUAGUUACUUUUACUUAAAAAGGGACCAUGUGAUCGCUUCAGAAAAAUAGUAAUGUUUUAGAGAUGUUUUAUGAAUUUUGUAAGUUUUUAAUCAGUUCAGACAGCUUGUAACAAUGGUGUAUUUUUUUUUUGUAUUUUUUUUUUUAUUUAUAUUAUUAUACAUAAAUUGUUCUUUUUAAAGAAUAAUUUGAUGUGAAUUUUGUUUUCUCAAUAAAUUUUUUUUAUGUAGGCAAUGAAUGAUUUAAAGUCAUUUAGGAGAUAAAUGGUUCCAUGAGUUACUUUGAUUAUCAACUAUUAAUAUGAUUUGGAUUUAGAAAAAAGCACUGUCAAAAUAGAUAGUAUGACUAAAUGAACAAUUAUUGACGACACACUGUCUUCAUGUUUUGUCUUCAGGUUUUGUUGACAGUAAUACACAAGCAUGCCCACACAGAUACCCACCACGCACACACACACACACACACCGCACACACACACACACACACACACACACACACACACACCCUUCCACUAUACAGCAUUAUUUCAUCCAGAUCUAAAACUAUGGCAGCUAUACUGGAAUUUAACGUGCUGUAAUGAACCCUUACUAGAGUCGAUCAUCUUCAAAUGGGAGGGUUGGUUUUUUUUUUGUAAAUGAUAAAAACAAAUUGUAAUAUUGGUAUUACAUAAAAAAAUAAUAUGAUGAAUUGUACCUGUAGAUGUUUGUGAAGAACUUUACAAAAUAUCAUAAAACUUGUAUUCAUUUUCCCCCCAUUCUUUUUGUUAUCAGAACAAUUUAUCUCAGAGUCUGUGUGUAUGCUUUGAUAUUUAAAGACAAUGUAGUUAUUAUUUUUCACAGAAUUGUAUAAGAAAAAGAGGAGUACUAGUAUGUAUGAAGAUUUUUAGUUUACUACACAAAACCUGAUGUAUGUUUGCUUUCAUUUUGUGAAUCCAGGAAUGCAUGUAGUCAUGCUAAGUGCAGAUAUUUGCAUCAAAGGCUGUACAAAACUUUGUAUAUAUUGUAUUAAAUUCUAGUGUGUGCUGAGUUCUGUCUGUAGACAUAAAAUGUUGUAUAUCAAAAUCAUUAAAAAACACACCAAUU